AUGGCGGCACAGGUUUAUCCCUCUUCAAUGAGACUUCAAUUUUGCUAUCCUCAUUCAAAGUUCAAUCAACCACGCUUCUCAUCAUUCUCAAUUCGAAGUCCUCGCCUCCAACCUAUCAUCUGUAGCGCCUCCAAUGUCAAACCAAAUAAGCAUUCUUCUUCCUCAUCCACCAAAAACAAAAACCUAAACAACAACCACAACAACAAGAAGAAUAGCAACAAGAGUGGCACGGAAGCUAGUGAUUCCAAUUCCUCUUCCGGUUCUUCUCCGCCUUACAUUCCAACCCAACUCCCUAGUCCACCGGCUGGUUUCGUUGUAGGGGAUUCCGGCAAGCUGCUCAAGUCUUCCAAUGACCGAAUUGCCACACUUGUUGAUCCUACAAACAAUCUACCUUUGGAGUGUGUGAUAAGGAGAGUUUUCACCAGUUCUGAAGGAGAUGAAUGCUUGUUGCUAUGCCCACUUGACAUGCCUGUCCAUGUAUUACGGAGCACGGGUGAUGGAUGGUCAGAAGUUAGUUACAAGGAGCUUGAACCUCUUUUGCCUGCUGCUGCUUUCGCACUUGCCAAAUUACGCAUUCAUCUGGUUUAUAGUGGAUACUGUUAUACUGCCCGUGGUGGUUUAUGUUACUCAGAAGAAGACAUACUCGAGUUUCAUGCAGAGGGUCAAGGCGGUGGCUUGGCAACCGAGGGUGUAAAAAUCACACACUUCAAUCAGGAAGGAGAACACUACAUGAUAUAUACACCAUCUGACCCUCUUGUUUUUAUUGCUGCAAAGGAUCAAAAUGGAAUGCUACAAAUUGCCGACGAGGAACUGCUUGAGGAUCCUGCUGUCAUUAGCGCCAGAGAUGAAGAGACAGAAUUUAAUGCCUUGAUGGUGGAGGAAGAAGCUGCACUCCUUGACUCACUGUUGUGA